CAUGUAUACAAAUAGCGAUAUAUGAAGUCAUACAUGUAUUUUUGUCACUGUAUACACUUAAAACGUGGACUGCGUGUAACACGGGUGAUGAAUUCAGACGUUGUCAUGGAUGGCGCGCGCGGUGCGCAGGCUAUGUUUGUGCUGUUUGAGCAUGCCUCCGGGUAUGGCUUGUUCAGAGUUAAGGAGUUUGAAGAGGUUGGGAUGCUGCUGCCAGCGGUGGAGGAAGGGGUCAAGGAGCUCAGCAAGUUCAACUCAGUCGUCAAGAUGGUGUCCUUUUCCCCGUUCAAGAGUGGAACCAACGCUCUUGACAACAUGAAUAGCAUCUCUGAAGGUAUUAUCCAUGAGGACCUGCGACUCUUCAUUGAGACCAAUGUUCCACAGUCCAGCAAGAAGCAGAAGGUGGUACUGGGUGUCAGUGAUCCCAAGAUUGGAUCUGCUAUCAGUGAGGAGUUGAGUGUGUCCUGUCAGCAUACGGGAGUUGUGCCCGAGGUGGUCAGAGGUAUCCGCCUGCACUUUCACCACCUGGUGAAGGGCCUGACAGAGGUGACAGCCAGCAAGGCCCAGCUGGGUCUCGGCCACAGCUACUCACGUGCCAAGGUGAAGUUCAACGUGAACCGCGUGGACAACAUGAUCAUCCAGAGCAUCAGCUUGCUGGACCAGCUCGACAAGAACAUUAACACCUUUGCCAUGAGGAUCAGAGAAUGGUACUCGUACCAUUUCCCAGAGCUGGUGAAGAUUGUGAACGAUAACAGCACCUACUGCAAGGUGGCCAGGCUGAUCAAGAACAGGAAGGAGUUCACUGAGGACAAGGUUGCAGCCUUGGAGGAGUUAGUCAUGGACGAUGCCAAGGUCAAGGCUAUACUGGAUGCAUCAAGAUCAUCUAUGGGCAUGGACAUUUCUGUGAUUGACCUGAUCAAUAUCGAGACGUUUGCCUCCAAAGUGAUCUCCCUUGUGGAGUAUCGUAAGUCUCUCAGUGAGUACCUCCACAGCAAGAUGGUCGCAGUCGCCCCAAACCUGUCCACUCUCAUUGGAGACCUGGUUGGUGCCCGUUUGAUUGCCCACGCAGGCAGUCUGACCAACCUGGCCAAGUAUCCUGCCUCUACUGUACAGAUCCUGGGAGCUGAGAAGGCACUCUUCAGGGCAUUAAAGACGAAAGGAAACACCCCCAAGUAUGGUCUCAUUUUUCAUUCAACAUUCAUUGGACGGGCUGGUGCCAAAAACAAGGGCAGGAUAUCACGCUACCUGGCCAACAAGUGUUCUAUUGCUUCAAGAAUUGACUGCUUCUCAGACAUCCCCACGUCGGUGUAUGGAGAGUUUCUACGUCAGCAGGUGGAGGACAGACUCAAGUUCUACGAGACUGGAGAGGCACCCAAGAAGAACGUUGAUGUGAUGCAUGAGGCUGUGCAAGAGGCGGCAGUGGUGCAGGCGAAUCUCCUGAAGAAAGACAAGAAGAAGAAGAAGAAAGAGAAGAAGAAGCGUGCCCUGGAAGGAGGUAAUGUGUCCAUGGAGACUGACGCCAACACGACGGCAGACAUGACAGCUGACAACUCCACACUGGAAGAACCGCAGAAGAAAAAGAAGAAGAAAAAGAAGAAGCAUGGAGAUGUUGCAGACGAGUCUGCAGGAAAUGUUACCAUGGAGACCACACAGGAGCUAGAGACCACCCAAGAGGUGUCUGAUGAGCCCCCGACCAAAAAGCAGAAGAAAAAGAAGAAAAAGGCAAAGAACGCAGAAUAGAUACUGGCUGCAGUAAUGCUAGGGAUUCAGGCGUCUGAAUGUAUCAUUGUUUAAUGAGAUGGUCACUAUAUUGACAACAUCAUUUUUGUGAGCAAGCAUUUCAUGGCUACAAUUUUUAGGAGCUGUACUUAUUACUCAUUGUUUGUAAUGUAAGGGGACAAAAUUUGCAGCCUAUGUAAUUUCAUUUUUUUUUAUAAUUUAGAACUUUGUUUAAUUGUGUAAAUGUUUGUCACUGUAUGGCCUGAUAUACGCUGUGUCAUUUUUGUCUGUGAAGACAUAUAUAUUAAAUGUGUUCAUAUUAAUUUUGUAUGCCCCUGGCAGGGUGGCAUAUAGCAGUCGCACUGUACCGCUGUCUGUCUUUCUGUCCGGCAUUCAGUUUCCCAAUGGAUUUUUACACAACGCUUUCAGAUAUAGAUCUGAUUUUUGGUAUUUGAGUCUACCUACAUGAUCUAUAGAUGAAAUGUGAAAUUGUUCUGGUCCAUUUAAUUUUGGUGAAGUUAUGGGCCUUGGACUUAGACAUUUCCUCUAUAAUAACCAUUUAUGGAGUUUUUUUUACACAACCCUUUCAGAUAUUGAGCUGAUUUUUUGUGAGUCUCCCUACAUGACCUGCAGAUUAAGUGUGAAAUUUGUUCUGUAAAUUGAUUUUGGGCAAAGUUAUGGGCCUUGUUUUCUCUAAAAUAGUUGCUGUGUGGCUUUAAAGCGUAGAUGGGGGCAUUUGAUUCACAAACACAACUCUCAUUCAUUUUAGAUGCUUUUUUAACAUUUUUGUUUCAUUUGUAUUUUUCUUUUGAUUUUGUGACAUGUUCCAGACAAAACAAAGUAUAUCAAGUGAUUUUUUAUGAUGUAUUCACAAAAUUAUUACAAUAUUGCAGGUAUUGUAAUUGGAUACGUAAAUUUGACAAGAUAGCUUGAGACAACCAAUAUCAUCUUGUUUUCUGUAUAACUACUAAUAAAGCAUUUGCCAUACAAUCAUUCUACAUAAAUUAAAAAAAUGAAAGACUUCAGAAGGUAAACAUGUAAUUGAUAACUUUUAAACCUGCGUUGUAUAGUAAUUAUUUAGCAUUAAAGAAUGUUUAAUAACGACAA